ACCAAAUUACGGCAAUUAGAUCAGAAUAACGGAGUUUUCAAUCUCAAGCGAUUUUAUCUCCACCGCUACAUCAGACUUACCCCAGUGUAUGCAGCUUUAGUGGCGUUCAUUUCGACACUGUAUCCGUACGUGGGAACUGGUCCUGACUGGAAUUUUGUGGUACAGAAGAGCAAAGCUUUAAGAAAAUCCUGGUGGGCCAACUUGAUGUACAUCAAUAACUAUGUGAAACCAGUAAGAAACUGGUGGACAAAUCCUGAAAUGCCUUCACAAGAGACUUGGUAUCUUGCCUGCGACAUGCAAAUGUUCUUGAUCAGUCCGCUCUUCAUUUAUCCAAUUUGGCGCUGGAAGAGGGCCGGAAUCAUUUGGGCAGCGUUCAGCCUUUUAGUUAUGUUGGGAAUCUCCACGAUUGUUUUUGUUGUUCAUGAUCUACCGGCAACAAUCUUUUGGUUCAGACCAUCUGACGUUAAAAAAAUUGAUGUCUACGCGGAUAAACAUUACUCGGAAACAUUUGCACGGAUGCCUCCAUACCUGAUAGGAAUUCUAGUAGGGUGGCUACUCUACAAGAACAAGGAUAAAACAAUCCACAUCAAUAAAUUUUUGGUAGCUGCAGGUUGGAUCAUAGCUACACUAUUGGGAUUAAUUGUAACUUACGGAAUGUUUCCUUAUCUGGAUGAGGCCACAGUUCCAGUCAUCGACCCGUUUAUUCGGGUUUCCUACGGAGUUUUGAAUCACUCGGCUUGGGCGAUUACCAUCGGUUGGAUCAUAUUCGCCUGCACUCACGGAUAUGGAGGUUUCGUCCACCGAUUCCUGUCUUGGAAAUUGUUCAUUCCGUUAAGCCGGUUGAGCUAUUCGGUUUACUUGACUCACCUCAUUUACACGUUUGCUUACAUAUCUCACCUGCGCAAGCCUUACUACUUUACUGAAAUUUCUGGAGCUAUGAAUUUUGCCGGCAUUUUGGUGAUCUCGUUCCUUUUGGCGUUUGUCGUUUCUGUCGCCGUGGAAAUGCCGUUCGUCAAUUUGGAUAAACUUCUUUUCGCAGGCGAUUCCAAGUCUCUACAAAAAGGAAAGAAAAAAACAUAAGAGCUCAUCGGGUUGCAGCGCCGUAAACAAUCUGGACGUACAUCGAAGAUCUAGAAAUUCAACAUUUAGAAUUGGAGAGAAUAUAUUGUAGAUAAUGCUGAUAUAUUUCGAAUAUCACAGUGGUACAUCACCCCACAUACUUUAAAAGACGGACGCCAAAAUAAUAGCACCGAUUCCAUUUCAUUUAACACUAUUCCAAAU